AAAAGCGCGUUAGUGCAAAAAAUAUUGUUAAUUUUCCUUUAAAAACUACAGAAAUCAAUUCAAAAACUAAAUAAUUACCUAAAAAAUGUCAUAAGUGAAGUUUUAAAAGUGUAAAAAUAUUGGAAAUUAUAAUUUAAACCAGAAAAUUGAUUGGACAAACAUUGUGUGAAAUAUCAAAACAGCGUUUUCAUUGUGAAAAUAUGUACAGCCUUUAGAAAAGUUUGUUUUGAGACAUUAAAAAAUGCGACAACUUUUCUGAAAAAAAAAACCAAUACCCAUAUAUAAACUUGACCUCUUGUGGACGAAAAAACAUGGAAGACAUUGAAUAUCUGGAAGAGUACGAAGAUUUAGUGUUACCUGCUUUAAAUUCAGCGGCUGCGGCAGCACAGGCCUCUUCGGCUUCAUUAAAAACUAAUAAAACUCAACAAAAUCAAAAAGCUAAUGACGACGGAGACGAUUCUUCAUCGUCUUUAGAUCAGGAUAUAUUCAAUUGUUUGUUUGAAGAUAACUCAGAUGGUGAUGAAGAAGAUAUUAAUGAAUAUCAAAGAAGCGAUAACGAAUCCGCAUUAAGAAGAAAUUCUGCAUCUAAUGAAUCGUUUGAAAUUUUACAUGAUGAUGAAAUAGGCGACAAAAUAAUACAAAAAGUGGAAAUAUCACGACAAGAACCAACAAAUCAGUUCAAUAUUAUUGCUAAGCCAGCAAAUAAAAUAACUUCGUCAACACCAAAACCUAAAACGUUUUUGACAAAAGCCAGCGGUAGCACCAUACAAACAAAUACCGCCAGACCACAAACAUCAUUUUUAACUAAACCGAAGUCGAUAGCUACUGUAAGACCAACAGUACAAAAUCAACAAAAGCUACAGAAUUCACAAAAGAAAACAAAUAUCUUGGCAGCAGGAUCAUCGUCCUCAUUGCCAUCAUCGUCGUCUUUUAGCCAACGACAAAAACCCACAACCUCUACAGCAUCAACGUCAUACCGAGCAGUACAAUUGCCAGUUUUAGCACGUAAACCUUUGUCAUCAACUGGCACCGCAUCCGCAACUUCAGUUUUAGUUAGCAAACAACAAAGACCUACAUCAUCUUUACCGACUCAUCAUAAAUCGACAACAGUUUUGAAGAAAACUACCAAACGUCCGGCAACUAUUGUGAGACCGGAAAAGAUUGUUAUAAAAGAUCCAGCAAAUGAUCCAUUAGGUUUGGACGAUCUCUCCGAAGCAGGGUCCGAUAACUAUUCAUUUUCUGACAUCUCCGGAGAAACUUACAAUUCGAUCAGUGAGUUUGACGAUGAUGAUGAUGAUUGCAAUGAUGUUUAUUAUUCCGGUGAUGAUGACUAUUAUGAAGAGGAAUACGAUGAAGAUGUCUUAAGCAGCAAUUCACAAGUUAUUGAAUUAUCUAAUGAUUCCAGUGGUGCAACUUCAAAUUUGGAAGAUUAUCGCGCCUCAACACCUUCACCAGUAAUAUCAGACGAUAGUGACUCACCCAGCAGUUCUUCUGGUUUUAAAUUACCCAAAACUAAAGCAAUCAAGCCUUAUACGCAUCCCGAAAUAAUCGAGAGUGUUUUAAGAAAAGGCGAAAAACCAAAAUUAUUGGAACUAUUGCAAACACACAACUUACUCGAAGAUUCAAUAGAGAACGACGAAGGAGAUAACAUAGUCAUAGACAUAACAGCCUCAAGAGAAAAUUUGGUGGAUAGUUUUGACACGCUACAAGUUGCAACAAGUGUAAAUAACACUGAACCUGUAACAGAAACCGCUCCAUCUAAUACAAUUCCAUCGGCUAACAUAAAUUCAGACACUUCGAACCCGACAUUUACAACUAAUCCAACUAAGCACUCCAAUAAAACGAAUAAGAAGAGAACAAAAAAGAAAAGUGUGACCAAUAUGGAUUAUACUAAUGAUUACAGAGAUUUAAAAUCUCCUGGAGAUGCAUCGACAGAUUCGGAUUUAUCGGCGGUAGAAGAACUGCUGGAAGAAUCGUAUGCCCAGGCAAUGAAACGCAAUUUAUCCUUAACUAAUCAAGACGUGGGAGCUGUAAUGGAAGUAGGAGCAGAGGCAGAAGUCAUUGAAAUUGUUCAGAAACAAGAGGACAACAAAAAUAAACUACAAAAACCUGGUGUUGUCAUCGAUUAUGAGGAUAAUGCCUUAGAAGAGAAAACCGAGGUUAAAGGAAUUGAGGAAAAGAAAUCGGUGGAAAACGUAAACAAGGAAGUUGAACAAAAGAAUAAUGAGCUUAAGGAAACAGAAAAAGUGGUGGAGGCUGAAACAAAAGAGAAGAAAGAAACUGAAGACAAAACAGAACUAACAGAUGGUUCUUUAGAACAAAAAGAAAGCGGGGAAGAUAAUCCAGCGGCAUCAAAGGCUGAAGUUAUAACAGAAAACAUAGAGGAACAGGAUGCUGCAAAGUCAUUGCAAAAUAUUAAAACCAACACAUCUGAUUCACCAAAUACUCGCAAAAAGAAACGUUUCAGAAAUUUAAAUACACCAGAAGUCACCGAAGAGCAACAGGGUGCAACAAAGAGUAUUGAUGAUGUAGACGAUUUUAAGGGUUUCGAAGAAGUCGCUUACACCGCUAAAAUUGAGGAAAAAGUAGAAACCAAAGAGUUGGAAACUGCAGAAAUAGCAUUGGAAACAAGCAACAUAUCUGAAAAAAAUGCUGCAACCUCGGGCUCAUUUAAAAGUCCUACACAUUCACACAAAUCUUUGAAGGACAAAUCAAAGGAAUCUACCCAAAAAAGCUCCCGGGAUAAUUCCAAAGAUUUGAAGGAUAAAAGUGCAAAAAACUUGACAAGUAAAAGCUCCAGAGACAGUUCAAAAGAUAAAAGUUCGCGAGAAAGUUCCAGAGACAAAAGUUCUAGAGAAAGCUCCAAAGAACGAUCGCGCGAAAGCUCUAAAGAUCGCUCGAAACAUAGCUAUGACAAAGAUUCAAAACAUCAUCAUAAAGACCAUAGAAAAUCGCGCGAUUCAAAAGAAUCCUCUAAAUCUAGAGAAUCAAGCAAAUCCAGAGAUCCAAAGGAAACAAAACAGGAAGUAAAAACAGACACAAACGAUUCCCAUAAAAGUCUCAGUGUUAAAAAGGAUCAUACGUCGGAUAAAGUCAAAGAAAAGUCUACGGAAAAUAAAGAUAUAAAAACAACAAAAGAAACUGAUAAGAACCCAAAAGACAAGGUUAAAUCAAGUACUGAAACGCAGAAAGUUAAAGAAGAGUGUAACAAAAAGGAUUCAAGAGAUGAGAAAAAAGAUAAAAAACCAGCAGAGAAUGUGGAAAAGUCCAAAGAAAAAGAUAAUGGUAAAUCACAGUCCACAACUGCCAAGGAUUCCAAAACUUCUUCAUCUUCGUCUAAAACGACUCCCUGUAGUUCACGGGAUUCAUCUAAAGAACGUAAAAGCUUUAGUAAACCUUCAAAUUUAAAUAAAAGUAGUAGCAGUAGUAGUAGUAGUAAAACUGAUAAGUCUGAUUUCCCUAAACCAAAAGUAGCAACAGAUCUCAAUAAAUCUGUAACAAAUAAAAGUGAAACAACCAAACCUAAACCUACGACUACAGCAGAGAGUGUAAAAGUUUCCAAACUAAAUGAAAAACCCAAAGAGGUUUCUAAAAGUUUGCAAAGCAAUAAGGAAGGUGAAAAAUUGAAAGAAGUGAAAAAAUCUAGUGAUGAUGGUAAAGAGCAAAUAACUAUUAAACCCAGCACAAAAAGUGAUAACGGCAGUAAUGCAGGACCUAAAGUUACAACUGCAAAACAAUCGGCACAAAAUCCAGGUGUAUCUAAAAAUCCCACGAAAGAUUUAAAUACAACAAACCCAUCAUCGUCUUCUAAAAAUACAGGCGGCAAUACAAAAUUGCCACCAAAAAUUGUUAAAGACACAAGUUCUGAUCCUAGGAAAACUACUAAAACUGUAGAUGAAAGUAAAAAAGAUGCCGCUGAGCCAAACAAAUCCGUUAAAGAGAAAAAGGAGUCCACUAUUGAACCAGCUAAAACUGUAGAGUCUAAAAAUAAUGAGAAACAAACUCCUGUGAAAAGCCAGACUGUUGCUGCAAAACGCCCUGAAACAGUAGCUGCUGCAAAACCAGAAAAUAUUACUCCAGUGAAAAGUCUGGCUGCAACACGUCCUGAAACAGUAGUUAAAAAACAAGAAAGUUCUGCAAAACAAACUCCAGUGAAAAGUCAGGCUGUUACUGCAAAACGCCCUGAAACAGUAGUUAAAAAACAAGAAAGUUCCACAAACCCAGCAAAGAUUGACACUAAAGAUACAACUGCUACUAAGACUUCAACAGUAAAUGAGGAAAAAAUUCAAACAAGUAUUACAAAAUCGGAAGAAUUGAAACUUAAAGAAAAGGCCACAGAUUUCAAGAAGCCAGCUCAAACUACUAAGAGUACUACAGUAUCAGUACAAGCAAAAGUAGCAGCAGUAAUUAAGAAUAAAGAUUCUCCUAAAAGGAUUUCCAUGUCACCGAAAACAGCACCUAAACCCAAAGAAGAAAAUAUUAAUAAAACAGCGAUAAAAAAAAUAAUUGAGCCAUCAACUAAAACUAAAGAACUGGAAAUUGCAAAACCCUCAAAUAAUCCUCAAACUGCUAAAACAACUGAAACUAAAAUUUCAGAGAAAACUACUGAUGAAGGAGAAAAAACUAAAACGGAGCCAAAUAAAACAAAAGAUUCUAAAGAUUCAGUAACAUCGAAACCAAACCCAUUGAAAUCUCAACAGGAUAAUGAGAAAAACGUUAUGGAAAAAUCUAAAACUUGUAAAGAAACUACAAAGGAAACUUCAGUAUCUAAAGCCAAUGAAGUUAAAGAUACAAAAUCUCAAGAAUCCCCAGUUGCUAGUACUUCUAAUAAGCAAACAGUUGUGGAACCUAAAAUAACUGAGGACAAAUCAAAGCAGGAAGUAAAACAAAAUGUUAAAGAUACUAGCAAAAAGGAAGUAUUAAGUGCCCCCUCCCAACCAACUAAGACUAAAGUUUUGGAUAAUCUUAACAUUGAGCAAAAAGAAAAAGAACAAACAAAAACUGCCAAGGGACAAGGUGACGCCAAAAUAACAACUACAAAUCCCAAUGAUUCAACUACGGUAAAAACUAAACCUCAAAUUAACAAAAAGGAAAAUAAAACAACAGAUAAACUUAUAGCUAAAGAAAAAACUACAACAGACUGUGCAAUUAAAUCGAUAUUAUCUGCAAAACCGACCAAGAAACCAGAAGAAUUAGCUAAUAAAACUUCACAGAAUAAAACAGAACCUACAAAAUCUACAGAUACUUGCAAGGAAACUCAAGUUAACACCAAUAAAGAUAAAAUAGUGGAAAAUAAAAAACCAGUUAAACCUCUAGAAAAACCAAUAAAAAAUACUGCAGACACCACAACUAAAUCGGUAUCAUCUCCAAAACUUUCUAAAAAAGUAGUUAAUAAAACUUCACAGGAUAAAACAGAUCCCAAAGAACUUCCAGAAGUUCAAUUUAGCUCCAAUAAAGAUGCCAUAGAGGAACAUAAAAAUCCAGUUGAACUUAUAGCUAAAGAAAUAACUGCAGGCACAACAACUAAAUCGGUAUCAUCUCCAAACCCAUCUAAAGAUACAGAAAAAAUGGCUAAUAAAACUACACAGGAUAAAACAGAUCUCAAAGAACUUCCAGAGGAACGUAAAAAACCAGUUAAACUUAUAGCUAAAGAAAUAACUGCAGGCACAACAACUAAAUCGGUAUCAUCUCCAAACCCAUCUAAAGAUACAGAAAUAAUAGCUAAUAAAACUACACAGGAUAAAACAGAUCUCAAAGAACUUCCAGAGGAACGUAAAAAAACAGUUAAACUUAUAGCUAAAGAAAUAACUGCAGGCACAACAACUAAAUCGGUAUCUUCUCCAAUCCCAUCUAAAGAUACAGAAAUAAUAGCUAAUAAAAGUACACAAGAUAAAACAGAUCCCAAAGAACUUCCAGAGGAACAUAAAAAACCAGAAACAACUAAAUCGAUAUCAUCUCCAAAACCAUCGACAAAAACAGAAACAUUAGCUAAUAAAACUUCACAGGAUAAAACAGAUCCCGAAAAUCUAGCAGACACUAGUAAGCAAGCGAAACUAAGGAAAGAAAAUGAUGCUCAAGAGAAAAAAAUUGAGACGGAGAAAAAAACAGAAAAAAAUGAAACUACAGAACAUCAAGAUCCUAAAAUAAAAGAUGCUGUAAACAAAGAAGAACAACCUCCUCAGAGAUCAAGUAAAGAAGCGGAAGUAAAAUUAGCUGUAACUGCAGAAGAACAGAAAAUUGAACCCAAAAGAACCAGAAAAUCUAAGGCAAAUCUAGAUGCUUCCAAAGUAAAAGAAAUAAAACUAAAUGAAACAACUGUUGAACAGUCAAGUGAUGCAACACUGGAACCAACCGAAACUAAACAAACUGAUGAUAAAAUUUCAAUAAAUACUGAUGAAGCAGUAGAAGAGGAAAAUGUCGAAGAUGAAGAUGAGGUUGUAAUUGAACCAAGAUUAACGAGAAGUCGUAUUGAAAAUAUAAAAUCAAAUGAAUCCAUGACAAAAGAGGAAAAUAUUGAAUCCACAAACAAAAAAUCUCUAGAAAAAUCUACAGCAGAUAAUGUUGAUAAACCUGAAGGGGAAGAACAAAAAUUGGAAAAAAUAAAAACCCGAAAGAAAACGGUUUUAAAAGAAGAUGCAAAAACAGAAAAUAAAAUUCUAGAGAAAGAUUUAAAUGAAAAUGCUCCAGUUAAUGAAUUGAAGCAACAAACGAAAGAAUCCAAAACGUCUGAGCACAAUAAAACAACAGACAAAGACUCGAUAGUCAAUGAAUCACAAAAUGAAACGGAAGAAGAACACUUUGAAGCAAGAACAACUAGAAGUCAUCAGGGAGAUCAUAAAGCGGAAACCAAUACCGAUAAAACUGACAUAACAUCAUCAGAAAAAACUAUAACACACGAUGAACAAACUAGUCAAAUGGAACAAGAACAUAUUGAACCAAGAAAAACUAGAAAACGUGCCGUUGCUAAAGUUGAAGACGAUAAAGAAUUAAAAGAAAGUAAUCAAAUUGGAUCUGAAGCAACAAGUUCUGCUUUAGAAGAUUUGAAAAAUCAAACAGAAAAAUUGCUCGAAGAAAUAACAAAAACUGUAGGUGAUACAACUACAAUAACUGAAUUGGAAAAAUCUAAAGAAAAAUCUUCAACAUCAGAGGAUGCUAAUGUUCAAGUGGAAGAAGGGUAUGUUGAACCAAGAAAAACUAGAAAACGUGUAGAACUUAAAUCCGCAUUAGGGAAAGAAGCAAAGGAAAUAACUCAAGCUGAAGUAACUGAUGAUAAAUGUUCAGCGCAAGAUGAUGCAAAAAAUCAAACGGAUGAUGAACAUUUGGAGCCAAGAAAAAAGAAAAAACGUUUAGAUCAUAAAGCCGAAUUGGGAAAAGAAACAAAGGAACUAACGCAGGCUGCAACACAAGAACAAAUAAGUUCAGCACAAGAUGAAGAAGAAUCUAUGGAACCAAUUAAAACUAGAAAACGAGGAGAUAUUAAAGCAGAAAAAGAGAAACAAACAACUGAAAUGGCUCAAACUGAAUCACAAGAAGAUGAAAGUUCAGAAGAAGAACAUUUUGAGCCUAGAAAAACUAGAAGUCAAGCCGAAGCUAAAGAAAUUUCAGCACAAGGUGAAGAACAACAUUUGAAACCAAUUAAAACUAGAAAACGUGGAGAUCCUGCUGCCGAAUCAGGAAAAGAAACAACUGAAAAGACUGAAACUGAAUCCCAAGAAGAAAAAAGUUCAGACCAAAAAGAUUCUAAACAUCAAACAGAAGAAGAACAUUUUGAGCCGAGAAAAACUAGAAGGUUCGCUGAUGUUAAAGAAAAAUCUGCGAAGGAUACAACUGAACUUUCUCAAGAUGAUUCUAAAAAUCAAGCGGAAGAACAACAUUUAGAACCAAUUAAAACCAGAAAGCGGGCAGAUCUUAAAGCCGCAAUAGGAAAAGAAACUACGGAAAUUAAACAGGCUGAAUCAAAUGAAGAAACAAGUUCAUUACAACAUGAUGCUAAACAUGAAACAGAAGAUGAACAUGUUGAGCCGAGAAAAACUAGAAAGCGUGCUGAUAUUAAAGAAAAAUCUGCGAAGGAAACAACUGAAUUAUCUCAAGCGGAAACUUUAACUCAUGCUGUUCCUAAAAAUCAAACGGAAGAACCAAUCAAAACCAGAAAGCGUGCAGAUAUUGAAGCUGCAGAUACUACUGAAUCACAAGAUGAUAAAAGUUCCUUACAAAAUGAUUCCAAACAUCAAACAGAAGAAGAACAUUUUGAGCCGAGAAAAACUAGAAAGCGUGCUGAUAUUAAAGGUGAAAUAGGGAAAGAAACAAAUACAUUAACGCAAGCUGAAUUAUCUGAGGAAAUAAUAGCACAACAAGAUGAUUUGAAGGAUCAAACAGAAGAUUCUGUUGAACCCAAAAAAACCAGAAGACGCGCCGAAGUUAGAGGAGAAACUGUUAAAGAAACAACAGACAUAUCUCAAGUUGAAACAUCUUCGGAAAAAAGUUCCACACAAGAUGAUUCAAAAACUCAAACAGAAUCCUUAAAAACUAGACAACGUGCCGAAGUUAAAACACUCGACUUAGACCAGCAAGUCACAACUUCAGCAGGAACAGAAAAACCGGAAAUAUCUGAAAUUGAGGACAUAAUCUCUACCGCCGAUGAAAUGAAAUCAAAGGAUAACAGCGAGGCCGACAAUAAAUUGUUAAAUAAAGAAAUCGUUACAGCACAAGUUGAGCCAGCAACGCCUGAAACAGUUUCAAAAUCUUCUCAAGAUAGUUUAAGUUUAGAGGCUGAUAUGUCUGGCAGCGAAUCCUCGUCGUCCAACUCGGACAACACAAGAAAACGACGAACUUUAAGAAAACGGGCAACGGAAACGCCAUUACCGGAAAAUGAAAACAAGAAGAAACUAUUUAAAGAACCGCCUCUGAAAUCAACAGCAUUGAUAACAACGCCUAAAAUUGGUAAAUUUGAAAAGCCUACUGUUAUAGGGAGUACUACUAUUAAACGGAUUUCACGGUCACCAGCCUUGGGAGAUGAACAUCAAAAUUCCACCAAGAAAUCUAAAUUGGACACAUCAAGGAAAUCAACUCGUUUUCGUAAUCUACAUGACGAUUGUCUCGUAGAGGAAGAAUUACCGAUCUCAACGGCGGAUGUCAGUAUUUCUAAUGAUCAGAAUUAUUUGCAUGAACCACAAGUUGUACAAGAACCAUCACAAAACAAAAAUACAGAAAAGAUCGAGGAGCCCUUGAAAUAUGCUGAAAUCCCUAAAGAUGACAAACAAAUGCCAGCAAAAGUACUUCAAAAGGAAGUAUUAGAGGCGCAAGUAACCAAGCCAUGUGCUACUAAAGAAGCCUCACAAGUUCCGAAACAGCCUGCAAUUAAAAAAGCUUUACAAGUUCCGAAACAAGCUGAUAAUAACGAAGCUCCACAAGUCACGAAGCAAACUGCUAAUAAAGAAGCUUCACAAGUCACGAAACAACCUGUUAAUAAACAAGCUUCACAAGUCACGAAACAACCUGCUUUGCAACUCCCCAAACAGCCUGUUAAUAAAGAUCCCUUGCUUGGAAAAUCUCGUGUAAUUGUAAAUAAGAUUGUGGAAGAAAUCAAGCCCAAACCGGAUAAAAAAGAAAGCUCAAAGGCCCAAGAAACAUCAGAGCUAACUACAACUAAUAAAGCAAAAGUUAAUAUUAGCCCUAGCAAAUCUCCUGGUAGCAAUGUGCUAUCAUUUUCAGAUUGGCUAAAAACAAAAAAGCAAAAUCCCGCUACAGCUGCUAACGAGACAGUAAAAACUACCCCUGUCAAAGUAGCCCAAAACAAAGUGAAAGCAAAGUCCACACCAAAAAUCUUGGAAUUAAAACCCACAGAUGAUAAAGUAGGGGAGACACCAACACAACAGACCACCAGCAUGCUGUGCCAGAAUAAGGAAAAAGAAAACGACCUUGACAUGACGGUGGAAACAAUAGAUGCCAACGUAACCAACAUUAGUAUGAAUAUAUCAACACAGCCGCUUGAUAAUAGUUUGUUGGAACCCACGGAAAGUCAGCAACGAAAAAGAAAGAAAGGCGGAAACAAAAAAAGAAAUGUCAAAAGACUUAGAAAGUCGAAUAAAAAACGGGGCAGACCAGUUAAUACAUCCGACACUCCACCCAAAGGUAAGAUUAAAAAAACCGAAAUUGAUUUCCUUAUGGAGUCAAUGUCCAAGGAAAUGAAGGAGGGUGGCAUAGGCGAUCUUCUAAAUACUGAUACUCAUGUUAAACGUCAGCGUUUGGCAGCCAAAAAAAAUCUUUAUGAUAGUAAAGAACAGUUAAAUACCAGCAACUUAACUGUGGCAGCAACAAAAGAAACCGCCAAUGUAUCUGCAACAAUAGCCAAUACAUCGGAAUUAAUGUUAAACAAAGAUAUACCUAAAGUAAUGGAUUUUUCAGAAAAUUUGGAAAUUCUUACAAACACAACAACGACGGCUUCGCCUAAAGAGAUUUCAAAAUCACCCACUAAAAGAAAGACUCAACAAAGUGCAGCAAAAUCUAAAAAGGCCUCUACACUCCAAAAAGAUAUGCUGGUAAAUACACCCGAUAUUUUAGCAACUGCAGAGCAAACAACUUUGCCAGAAAAUCCUAAAGUUUUGGCCACAAAAUCUCGAAAAUCUCUUAAUAUUAAAGAGUUAACAGGGCAACAGGUUAAAGCUAAUGAAACAGGCAUAGUAAAAUCUAGAAAAUCGAUGCCUUUAACAUCUAAAGAAACACUGGCUAAAGUCACUAAUGUUGUGGUCGCCUCAUCUAAAAAAUCUUUGGUAAUUCCCAAACAUCAACAACAGCAACCAGCAGCAGCAAUUGAUCAUAUUGGAAAACCCACAAGUAAUGUGUUUAAAACACCCAAACUACCGGGUCCCUCAACUAUACUAGAUCAAAUACCAAAUGCUAACAAUAUAAAGAGAUUAUAUGAUGACUUUAGCAGCAAGCGUUGUGACAGUAGCCUAAAGCUGCAUCUAACUGCAAAUCAUUUAAAAACAUUUAAAUGUCGUAAGCUAAGUGUUCGGCUUAAUCGUUCAGUGGUAAGAAACUAUUUGAUUGCGAUGAAAAACAGAAUAAAACAAACUUUGCCUACAACUCAGUCAAAUGUACAAGAUAAAGUGCCUGAGGUGCCCGCAAGUCCGGUUGAGGUUUUAUCAAUUAUACAAAAUAAUUCCCAAAUGAAUUUGCCUAUACAAUCCGUAGUUGAUGCAGACACUUUAUUAAAUACCACACCUACUACGACUGCUUCCAUAGCCACUACAGUGACACCUGCUCAAUCGUUUAUAAUACCUAAUACAGACACUUUGCUAACUUACACCUCUAUUCCCACACCAGCCACCACACAACAAUCAUACGUAAUACCUAUAACCAGCGAGCCGCCAGUGGUACCAUUACCAACAACCACCCUAAUAAAUGUGGGCGAUACAAAUGAAACGAUCGAGCUUAAAAACGAAUUUGUGGAUGAGAAUCCUAUUGACUCAAUUAAUGAGGAAAUACUGCCGGAUACACCAACAUUAUUGGCGCGCGCUCAAUCGAUUACAGAGGCAGCACAACAUGCUCUCUCCAGCUCUAUAACGCCCACCGAUAUACGUCUAUUGAGUACAGAUUCUGCGGCAAAUAGCUAUGUUCCCUCGUUCGGAGUUACUCCAACGGCAUUGGACAAUCGGGGCACUUGUAUGUACACCUUUUUACAUCCUGCCAAAUACAAUCGUAAUCACAGCAAUGUUUUGCUAGACUAUUGUUGUCCUAACCUGGAUGGUCCUAUGCCGGCUAUUGAUCCCACACGUAUACAUGCCCAAGUACAAGUGCCUGUCAUCGAACUACCAGCCUGUAUAGUUUUAACAACGAAGGUGGUAACAAGAGCUGAUUUGGAAAGUGGUAGUGCCUCCAUACCGGCCAUAAUACGGAAGAAGGCGGAAAAGAUAAGAAAAAAUCUGGCCACCCAUACCAAAAUAGCCGUAGCUACUACAGCAGCAUCUGUCCAACCUCCGGCGGCUGUUCCCAUAAUGGCGCAGCCUCUCUUGGCCCCAACACCACCCAGACCAACAUUACCACCCACCAUAAAUGCUUUGACAAAACAAUUACCAGCUACCACAACAAUAACGGCGAAAAUACGACCGGACUCACAAACACCAACGUCGAGUUCAACGCCACCUACAACAUCAACGCUUCCACGAAAUACCACAAUUUCCGUUAUGCCCACUGGAAGCCGUAUGAUGCAGUUGCAAAGCGUGCAGAAAUCUUCGUUGCGUUCCAAUCUCAGGCGUUUUGAUGUUUUGCUUAAGCAAUUGGUGCAGCCGUUUGAAAGUUUAAGUUUUGUGGAUCGCCAUCGUAUAAUAGAGGCCUUAAUAGCGAAGGGAAAGUUUUCACCUAAAGAUAUAGACCAAACGCUGGUAUUAAUGGAGGAAUAUAUUAAACAGACCUUAUUGUUAAAAAAUGAUUCGCUUAACCCACCACAACCAACACCCACUUCAGCAAUUUUAAGUUCAAAUAAUUAUCUAACAACUCAAACAGCCAUCUCCAGCUCCUUGCCUUCAGUACAAAUGCCACAACUACAACCCUCACCCAGUAUAUUGGCAUCUAGCGCGGGCUCUUCAACGGCCCCCACAUCAUAUUCUAGACAAUUAGAACAGAUGCACAAUAAGGCUGUUAGGAAAGUACAAUCGAGAAGUAGAAACACAAGUUUAACUGCAUCACCAGCAGCCGUAGGAGGAGCUGGCGGCGGUGUACUAGUCAAACAACGCCAGGUGCCUAUCUACGAUACGGAUCGUAAUAUCAUUGGUUAUCAAAUGCAAAUGAUGACACCAUUGUCUACAAUACCAGCCUACACCAAGUCCACCAUGUCUGGCCACACAGGUGCUAUAAUGUCAACUUCCUUGGACUCGAGCAGCAAUAAGAUAACAUCGUACAGUGUCAGCAAAAGACCUGUGAAAAGGCCAGCCCAGGAAUCCCCACGUGUAUUUUAUACCACACCGCCUUUAAAAACGUCUACGCCGAAGGCCAUAACAAAUCCCCACAUGUACCCAACAGCACAACAUGGGAAAAACGCCAACACAGUAGCUAAAAAAACGCAGGGUUCCAUCAUAACAACUGUACGUUCGGGUGGCUCCUCAUCAAGUGGCAGUUCAGAAACCAUAACCACUACCACAAUGGCCACAGUGAAACGUGUUACACGCAGCACGGCUACCGGUUCAAAAAUAAUCAUAGUUUCUAAAUCCAAUCAAUCCAGUGAAGAAACCAUAUUGCCCGAUGGCAACAACCAACAACACCAGCAGCAGGAACAGCAGGCCGAAAUAAAAAAUGAAGAAGAUAUGGAGGAUUUUUUGGGUUGAAAUUAAUACUGAACAUUUUUUAAAGAAAAAAUAUAAAAAACUCUGAUGGGAGGUGGUAUUUUUUACUUUCAACCCCAAGAGUUUUAACACAAUUAAAGGAAAUUAAAAUUCAUACAUACAUAUGUGUAUAUAGGGUAAGAGACAUUUAAGAGAGUUACUAACUAAACAUGUCUACAAUAAACAGAUUUUAAUUUUAAACAAAUUUCGACUUUACUGCAAGUCUGUAUAUCUAAGUAUUUAUAACCUUUAAAAGAAAUACAAUAAAAAUACAUAUUUUUUAAUUUGUUUUUAAUUAUCUGUACACUAAUAAGUUGUACUAAUUUCUGAAUAUUUUAUUAUUAUUUUUUCUCUAAAACUAUAAUUUCAAAAUAAUGUAUAUAUAAACAAAUCCGUGUACAAUUUAAUAAAUAAUUAGUAUGCAUAAUAUAAAAAUAAGUUUAGUAUUUAAGUAUCUCGUUACAUUGGUUAAAAUUGCUUAUUUUUAUAUAUAAAAUAAUUAAUUUUUUAUUUAAAAAUAAACACACAACUUCAAAAUGAAUUUGAAAACAAUAAAAAGAUUUUUAAUAAAAA